AGAGCCGGGCGCCGCUCGGGCUGCCGCUGCUGCCUGCCCCUGCCCGCCCCUGCCUGCCCCGGCCCGGCCCCCGGGACCUGACACCCCCCCUCCAUCACCCCGGGGCACAGCAUCGCCGCCGGCACCCGGCACCGGCAUCCCCCCAUUGCCCCAGGCAUCCCGGAGCAUCCCUCAGGCGGCCCCUGGCAUCUACCCCGAGCACCCCCCGGCUCGGUCCGGGUACCCCAAGCACCCCCGUGCUCGCCCCGAGCAUCCCCCUCCUUCCCUUGAGCAUCCUCCUGCUACCCCCGAGCAUCCCUCUAUUCCCCAUUAGCAUCCUCCUGCUCCCUCCGAGCUCGCUCCAGCCCGGCCCCCCCCGCUCCGGCCGUGCUUCCAAAGGAGAUGCUCAACGUUAUGGAUUUUUCCUGCCCGGAUCCUCUUUACUCCAAAUACGAGGAAAGCUGCGAGCUGAAACCCGGCGACCUGCAGAGCUUGGGGCAGGCUGAGCAGCAACUCCUGGCAGAAGGCGAUUUCCUCGGAGGUGAGGUGCUGGGCACCCCGAUGAGCGGCGGGGCGGUGGAUUACUCCCUGCUGGGCAGCCAGCCCUCCCCUUCGCUCAGCUACACCGGCAGCUUCUUCAUCAAGGCGGUACCGGAGCAUCCCCAGGACCAGGAAUCCCUCUUCAACCUGAUGUCAGGGAUCCUGGGCAUCUCCCCCUUCGCCUCCUCCGAGGACCACCAAAGGCAUCUGGAUGCUCUUUAUCCGUGUCCCGAUGUGGCUCAGAGCCAGCUGGACCUUUAUCCCAACUGCCAGCCCGAAAUGAAUGGAUCCACCCAAACCCCAUUCCCGGAGCAGGGCUACGGCAGCUUCCCUGCUCCAGAGGCUGCUCAACCCCUCCAGGCACAGCCCACCUUGGGAAACACCUCCCAGUGCUUCUUCCAACCCAAGCUCCUGGAUAACAAGCAGGACAUCAAGCUGACCUCUGGUUCCCCACCCCUGGACAAGUUUAAAGCCUCCUGCACCCAGUGGGAGCCCAUCACCCAGCAUCAGGCCUACUUGCCCUCUGGCUACCAUUCUCCCGAAGCAUUCCCAGCCGGAGAGAGCAACCAGGGGCUGUUCCAUCCACUGGGCUCCAAGAUGGAGAGUGUCUUGUCUGUGAGCUGCCAGUCGGAGCUUGGAAGCCUGGCAGAGGAUGCUCCCUGCUUCGGGACCCAUCUGGGCUUCGGCUGCGAGCCAGAGAACUUCCCGGCUGACACCAAGAUCCACAACCUCCCUCCUCCAUUGAUCCCAGAAUUCGACGCUUCCUUAACCCAGCCUGAAGUCCUGCCAGCGCUGAUGAGCUCAGCCGAGCUCCUCCAUCCUCAUCCCUCACCCUCUGUCCCCGCCACGGACUUUUUGGGCCACGCCACCUCUUCCUCCAUCCCUUCCCUUCUUCCCACCAACCCUCCCACCUUGGCCGAGCCCAAGAAGAAGACUCGCCGGACCAAGUGCUCUUCCAAAUGCUUCUGCCCAAAACCCCAUGAGAAAGCAUUCGCCUGCCCUGUGGAGAACUGCAUCCGGAGCUUCGCCCGCUCGGAUGAGCUCAACAGGCACCUCCGCAUCCACACGGGCCACAAACCCUUCCAGUGCCGCAUCUGCCUGAGGAACUUCAGCCGCAGCGACCACCUCACCACCCAUAUCCGCACCCACACGGGCGAGAAGCCCUUCUCCUGCGAUACCUGCGGGCGCCGCUUCGCCAGGAGCGACGAGAAGAAGCGCCACAGCAAGGUCCACCUCAAGCAGAAAGCCCGGACCGAGGAGAAGCUCAAAGGUUUGGGCUUCUUCUCGGUGGGGCUCUCCUUCGGGACGCUGUGAAACCCCGACCUAAGCACUGGGAGAUGGCGUUUCCCGACGUUCCCCCGAGCAUCUCGUGGGAGAGCCGGGCUGGGAAUAUCCUCCUGGGGUGGCCCUGGAGAAGAGGAUGACGGUGGAUCAGGCCCGUGUUGGGAUGGAGAAGGGCACACGGGAGUUAGAUGUGGUGCCACGGCGCUGGACCGAGGUGGGAUGUGGCAGCUCCGGUUGCCCCGGAGCCAUCUCCAAACUGCAGGGACUGAGUCAUUUUUAUAGCUCCUAUUCCAAGGAGGGGAAAUGAAUACCCAUGGACGGAAAGAAAUCACCUCCCAGAUGGGUUUUAUACCCCCGAACCCAUGGACAAUGUGUGUUUGUAGCGACCUGACUGUGAUUCCCCCUGCCAGCACUUUACAGGAUGCUCCUGAUGGGUUAUUUACCACCCAGCACAGUCGGGGGCUGCGGCAGCACCGGCCCUUUCUCCCAAAGGAGAGAGAUGCCACCAGGCUCCAGCAGCCGGUGCCUGAUGGUCCCUUUGGAAAGGUGAUGUCAUUAUUAUUAUUAUUAUUAUUGUUAUUAUUAUUAUUAUUAUCCUGUUUGUAAGAAGGAAGAAGCCUCUAUCAAGAUGAGAAAAUCCUGUCUAUUUUUCUAAUUAAAGAUUUGAGCUGAUCC